CAGUCCAAUUGUCUUGGUUCUUCAAGGAAUCUGUUCAUCAUCUUCUUCCUGACAUAUAAAUUCACUCCACAAAUCGUUAAUCCAUCAUAAGUCCUCUCCAAUCGCUCCCAUGGCGCCAAGUAAUUGCUCUCCAAUUCUCCUCUUCAUCCUCUUCCAAUUGUUCCUCUCCCAAACCCUAGCUCGAAAGCCCCACCUUAUCGAUUUCCGAUCCCCAAAUCUGUAUCCAGAGGGCAUCGUAUGGGACGCAUCCGCGCAGCAUUUCGUCGUCGGCUCACUCCACCACCGCACUCUCGUCUCCGUCUCUGACGCCGGCGUCGCCGAAACCCUAAUCCACGAUCCUGACCUCCCCGAAAACGUCUCGAUCUUAGGUCUCGCCAUCGAUUCCGUCAACAACCGCCUCCUCGCAGCCGUCCAUGCUGCCCCUCCACUUCCGGAAUUCAACGCCCUCGCUGCCUACGAUCUGCGAUCUCGCCGCCGCAUCUCCCUCACUCCUCUCCCAUCCGAUGGAACCUCCAGUCACCGCCCCGUCGCAAACGCCGUCGCGGCCGACUUCAAGGGCAACGCCUUCAUCACGAACUCCGCCGGAAACUUCAUCUGGAAGGUAAACAUAGACGGAUCGGCCACAGUCUUCUCGAAAUCAACGAGUUACAGUUCCCAUCCCGCAACCCCCAACGAAGUCUACUCAUCCUCAGGGCUAAACGGAGCGGUUUACGUGAGCAAAGGAUAUCUUCUGGUGGUGCAAUCAAACACCGGAAAGAUGUACAAAGUGGACGCGGACGACGGAACGGCGAGGCUGGUUUUGCUGAACAAAGAUCUGAAAGGGGCGGACGGGAUAGCGGCGAGGAGAGACGGCGUCGUUUUGGUGGUGAGUUACAGAAAGCUUUGGUUCCUGAAGAGCGAGGACAGUUGGGGGGAGGGGGUGGUUUAUGACGAAAUUGACCUCGAUGAAGAGAAGUUCGCUACAAGCGUGACAGUGGGGAAUGAGGGGAGGGUGUACGUGUUGAAUGGGUACGUGAAUGAGGGGUUAAAUGGUAAUUUGGGAAGGGAGCGGUUCGGGAUUGAGGAAAUGAGGUCUCCCAAAGAGAGUGAAGACGAAUGGGUUUGGGUUUAUGUAUUGGUCGGGUUCGGUUUGGCUUAUUUCUUCUUUUGGAGAUUUCAGAUGAAACAACUCAUUGGGAACAUGGAUAAGAAGAUUAAUUGAUUUAUUAUCAUAAAGUUUUUAUUUAUCCAAUCAUCAAUAAUAUCAAUUUGAU